UUGAUCCGCCUUGUUCAAGCGGAAGGAACACUGUCCGCUGCUACGGAUCCCCUCAUAUCCACUCCGUCCGACUCCUCCACACGCAUUAUCACUCGCUUCAUCGCUCUUAUUAUCGGCUCUUUAAACCAGACGAUCACGCGCAGUAGCGCUCUUUAACAUCUUGCCUUUGACUAGUCUAUUUUUCGCCUCAAUAUCUUGCCCGGCUGAGGAUGUUGAUAUCGACCGUCUUCAGAUAGAUGUGCUGUCUUCUGGAGAGUAUGCUUUUUGGGAUAUCAACGCUGGAUUGUUGAUUUCAUCCCCAUUAUUCACUUCUUUCUAACUCCUUUCUUUCACUGCUUCGUCCUUGGCUUCUGCUCGGUUCACCAUUCCUGUGUUUUUCUCCGUCCCAUAGACAAUGGCGGAUCAUCCAUCGAGAUAUCCUCCCAUUGCGCCAAAGGGGCCUGACACCGAACUCCCAGCACCGAGUCGCUCUCCCGAAGAAAUUCGAACAAAACGGGCCUCUACCGCUUGUGGUGAGUGUAAACAGCGUCGAACAAAGUGCACCGUCGAUGAUUCGGGUCCUCCCUGUGCUGAGUGCGCACUCCAUAACCGGGAAUGUAUCAUCGAUGAGCUAGCCGACAAACGACGGAAGGUCGCGGCAAAAGAGACAGAAGAAAACCUUAAAUCGUCGCAAAAGGACCUCGCGAAAUCACGAAAAGAUCAUGAGAUCACUCAGGGGGAAUUGGAGUACUACCGAUCAUACGUCCGCUACUUACUCGAUGCGAUUCGAUUUGGCCAACUUGAUGAUGUCAAUAACCUCAUCGCCGUUAUUCGGAAGGGUGCAACUGAAAGGGAAAUCGGAAACUUUAUAUCGCAGUUUGGGCACCUCGCCCCUCGAUUCAGCCUCGACACGCCUGGGGGUUCUGACUCUACGAAUGGUGAAGACGGUACGCCGGUUGUGGAUGGGCCCACAAAGGCAUGAGUUCCGUGAUACCGCGAGACGGCGACAUCCUCCGCGUUGCAAAAUAUCCAAGUCUGCUAUUGUUUUCGUCUUGGAUGCACACUAACGCUCAAACAACAACUAUCAAGACUAUUUUUCACUUUCGUGGCUUCUUCUGGAUGGCGGGGCAGUAGUUCUCGCGCUGACACCUCUAACAAUUGGGUAUCGACGCGACCCCUUUA